CAUCAUCCAUUCCCCACCCCCAACUUGCCUUCUCUAUAUAUACUUCAAUUUCCAUGUACUCCACAGCACAACUCCCUGGAUUGGGUUCUCUCUCUUCCUGUUUGUCUGCUAUGACAAAUAUGUGUGUGUGGUUUAAAAUUAAUCAAAACAAUAAUUAUUAAUGCUGUUGCAUUCGCUAAUCAUCCUGGUAUCUCUUUCCUUAACAUUAUGGAUAAAAAUGGAAUUUCUCAUGUUGGUGGGUGCAAUUUUCACCAUCACUCCCACAAGGAAUUGGACUCUGUUUUUAAUUUGUUGGUCGUUAAAACAAAAUAACAAUUAGAUUUAAGACUUAAGAUAAUAGUCGCAUUAUGGUCUACUUCAGUUCUCGAAAAAGGUGUAAGACUGUUAACUAUCAGCAGUAAGACUACCUACGGACGUAGACCUAAGUGGGAACGAGAAUGUAUCCCAUCAUACAUCAUUUAAUUCGUCAAAUACAACAACAUUUCAUUUAAUUAACGGGUAAAUUGCAAUCUACCCUCCGGUACACUAUGUUUAACAUGAACUCUCAUUCAGUUAAAGUGUAGGAAUUUCCACGCGCAACCGAGUAUUUGAUUGUACAACUGUUCCGAGUUUCCGACAUUAUAUGCCACAACCAUCUGUCAAGCUGAAAAUCAAUGUUGCUAAAAUGCAGAUUGGGCUGACAAAAAGAUGAUGAGCUUUUCGGUAUCUUCAAUUAAAUGGAAGGAUAUAAAAAUCCAAGGGAAGAUGAUAUGUCCUGAUACACCUAAAGCAAUUAAGUAGAAAGUUUCAUUAAUGUCUCAGAGAGUUCCUACAUGCUUUAUAUUAGUUCAUGACAGGUUUCUGCAUUAGUACUCCAAUGCUCUCCAACACCACAAGUGAUUGGCGUGUAAUGUAAUAGAUGAUCAAUGGGUUGGUUGUUUCCACUACCUCGGAAUACCUCUAAAUACGUAGUUAAAGAGAAGAACACAUACCUCGGAAUGCCCAGACUUCCGUCGGCCAAGAUGUUGCCUGCAGCAGCACUGCUGCUGCUGCUGCAUCUUCUAAUCUCGCAGAAUGGCGUAGGAGCAGCGGUUUGCUCGGCACCAAGCAGGUUGUUCCAUGGCGUUUGCAUCCUGGACAGUAAUUGUGCCAAAAUAUGCGAGAAAGAAGGUUAUCUCUCAGGAAAUUGCAAGGGAUUAUUGAUGAAAUGCAUCUGCAUAAGAGACUGUGGUGGUGAGGGUGACCCUCCCCAAGGUCCCCCUGAUACCAGCCCUCCAGAUUCUCCAGACACGCAUCACCCGCAGCCUCCUACGAUCCCAUCUCCUUGUCCUCCGUGUGUCUGUCGUAAGCCCCCGUCUCCUCCACCGCCAACCGGUUGUCCUGAUCCCCCAUUCAUUAUCCCUCUUCCUAAUCCUCCUCCGACCGGUUGCCCUCAUCAUCCCAUCUUCCCUAUUCCUAUUCCUCCUUCCGGUUGUCCCAAUUCUCCCGUCAUCCCUGUCCCUAAACCUCCAACUGCUUGCCCUACUCCUCCCAUCAUUACCAAUAUUCCCAAUCCUCCUAGCGGUUGUCCUAACCCUCCCUGAAACCCCUAAUCCUCACACCCAUACUUACUGCUCUGGGUUUUCUCCACUCCUCCAGCAGUGAAUGUGUUUAACCAAUUGCGAUUCUCAAUGCGAUCAAUAAAACGACUUGUGUUAGUGACUGAAACUGAAUGCAUCUUUUCCUUUGAUGUGCUCAACACAAGAAUAACACAGGGUGCGGGAGUGGAAUUUGAGCCAAGU